AUGACUUCUAUGGAUAUUGAAAUGUUACCAUUAGAGCAUCAAAAUAAUCAAAUAUCUUCUGGUAUCAAUCCAAGAAGAACUUCAUACUCAAUUCAGGACCAACAUCCUGUCGAAACUAUACCCAAUGUUCUCCCCAAAACCGUUACGACUCCAUCAAAGAAACUAAAUGAUCAAUCGAAUUUCAAGAAAAUCGUUUUCAUACUACGGCAUCAUCUGUAUCAGCCGAAUUCCAAGACACUCGUCUUCAUGUUUGCUAUGUUUACAUGCAUAUCGAUGAUGAUUAGCAUUCUUACAGUUUAUUUUUCAUCACCAAAACCAUUAGGUAAAACAUGUACGUUUAUUUUGAAAUCGGAAGCUCCAAGUUUAAUUGUUAGUGAUUCUCAUCCCCACGCUAUUGCCGUUGCUGAUUUUAAUAAUGAUCAUCUUCCUGAUAUUGUUGUUCCUAAUUCUGGUACAAGUAGUUUAGGAAUAUUUCUUCGACAGGACAAUACUACAUUUAGAGAUCAAAUCACAUAUUCAACUGGUUUCAAUUCACUUCCAUAUGCAGUCUGUGUUGGUGAUUUCAAUCAUGAUCAACAAAUAGAUAUAGCUGUAGCUAAUUAUGGUGCCAAUAAUAUUGGUAUUUUUCUUGGAACUGGUAAUGGUACUUUCAUGCCACAAAUUACUUUUUCUACUGGCUCAUCUCGACCAUUAUGGAUUGCUGUUGGUGAUAUGAACAAUGACAAACAAAUCGAUCUAGUCGUUGCAAAUUAUGGUACUAAUGAUAUAGGUAUUCUUUUUGGAGAUGGUCUUGGAAAUUUUGCAACACCGAAAACAUUUUCAACUGGUUAUGAUUCUGUUCCAUAUUCACUUGUCGUUUCUGAUCUUAACAAUGAUAAUAAACUUGAUAUUAUUGUUGCAAAUCAUGGUACUAACAAUGUUGGUAUAUAUCUCGGGCAUGGAAAUGGUACAUUCGAAGCGCAAUUUAUAAUUAGUACUGAAUUUAAAUCUCAACCGCAUUCAGUUGUUGUUGAUGAUUUAAAUAAUGAUACUUAUAUGGAUAUCGUAAUUGCUUGUUCUGGCUUAAAUACAAUUGAUGUCCUCUUAGGCUUUGGAAAUGGAAGUUUCACAAUACCAUACAAAUAUUCCACUAACAAUAAUUCAUUUCCAUUAUCGCUUGUACUUGGUGAUUUUGAUAAUGAUACUAAACUUGAUAUUGCUGUAGCAAACUAUGACAAUAAAAGUGUGGGUAUAUUUUUUGGAUAUGGAAAUGGAUUUUUUAGAGAUCAAAUGAUAUUCUUCAGUGUUAGUUCCAAUUUUAAUCCAUAUGCCAUUGCUGCUGGUGAUUUCAAUGGUGACAAUCAAUUAGAUAUUGCCGUGGUCAAUUACGAUUACAACUAUGUUGAUAUUGUUCUGACAUAUCGAAAUUAUACUUUCUUAAGUCAAAAUACCUAUUCAACAGGCAUUCGAAGUGCUCCGGGUUCAGUCGCUAUUGCUGAUUUCAAUAAUGAUAAGAAACUGGAUAUUGUCGUUGCCAAUUUUGGAACAAAUAAUAUUGGUAUAUUUCUGGAUUAUGGUAAUGAUAAUUUCUCAACUCAAAUAACUUAUUCAACUGGCAACUAUUCUCGACCAUAUUCAGUUACCACUGGUGAUUUUAAUAAUGAUAAACAACUGGAUAUUGUCGUUGCCAAUUCUGGAACAAGCAAUAUUGGUAUAUUUCUUGGGUAUAGUAAUGGUACUUUCUCAAGUCAAACAACCUAUUCGACUGGCAGCAACUCUACACCAUCAGAUGUUGUUGGUGGUGACUUUAAUAAUGAUGGACAACUGGACAUUGCCGUUGUUAACUAUUAUGGUUUCAAUAUAGGUAUAUUUCUGGGAUAUGGGAAUGGUACUUUUUCCAGCCAACAGACUUAUCCAACUGGGUAUGGUUCUACACCUCAAUCUAUUGCUAUUGGCGAUUUUAAUAAUGACAGUCGAUUAGAUAUAGCAGUCGUUAAUUCUUACAGUCCCAAUAUGGGCAUAUUUCUUGGAUAUGGCAAUGGUACUUUUGCAGAUCAAAUCAUCUAUUUGGUUCCAUCCGGCACUAAUCCAUAUGAUAUUGCUAUCGGUAAUGUGAAUAAUGAUGAUCACCAAGAUAUAAUAGUUACUGUCGAUUCUAGUAACACUAUUCUUAUUUUCUUUGGAUACGGUAAUGGAACAUUUGUCAAAGGAAAUACAUAUUCUACUGGUAGUGGUUCUCACCCAUUAUCAAUUGCUAUUGGUGACGUAAACAACGACAAUCAAUUAGACAUCGUCGUAGCUAAUUGUCUCACUGACAAUGUUGUUGUAUUUAUUGGAGAAGGUGGUGGAGCGUUUCCUGUUCAAAGAACUUAUUCAACUGGUGACCAUUCUUGUCCAAAUGCGGUCGCUCUUGCUGACAUUAAUGAUGAUAACAUUCUAGAUAUUGUCGUCGCCGAUACUGGUACGAAUAUGAUGGGUGUUUUUCUCGGAUCUUCUUAUAUGAAUGGUAUACUUGAAGAUACAUAUUCAACUGGAUCCUCUCCACAUCCACAUGGUUUAGCGCUUGGUGAUUUCAAUCAUGAUGGUCAAUUAGAUAUCGUCAUAGCAAAUUAUGAUUUAAGUAAUGUAGGAGUACUUUUAAGCUAUACAAAUGGAACAUUUCCAUUACAAAUAGUAUUUUCCACUGGUGACUUAUCUUUUCCAACUUCAGUUGUUGUUGAUGAUCUCAAUAAUGAUAAUGAACUAGAUCUUAUUGUGGCUAAUUCUGCAACUGAAAAUGUAGGUAUUCUUUUUGGAUAUGGAAAUGGUAGUUUCACAAAUUUAAGUAUGUAUUCAACUGGAGUUGGUUCAAUUCCACAAGCAGUAACUAUUGGUGAUUUCAACAAUGAUAAGAAACUUGAUAUUGCUGUUAUUGAUUCUGGCACUGAUAGGGUAGUAACACUUAUCAAAUACGAUACUGGAGGUUUUCAAAAACAAAUAACAUUGUCCACAGGCACAGGUUCUACCCCAAGAGCAGUAGUUGUUGCUGAUUUAAAUAAUGAUGGGUGGUUAGAUUUCGUGUCAGGCAAUUCAGGCAGUGGCAAUGUGGGUGUUUUUCUAGGACUGGGCAAUGAUACCUUUUCCAAUCAAACAACAUAUUCGACUGGGUUCGGGUCGUUGCCAAUUGCGAUUACUAUUGUUGAUUUGAACAAUGACAGUUAUUUGGAUAUAGUUGUCGCUAAUUUUUGGGGUAACAAUAUAGGUAUUUUUCUUGGAUAUGGUGAUGGUACAUUCACAAAUCAAACGAUUUUUAAUACUGACUAUAAUUCCGGUCCAUGUGGAGUCAUCGUUGCAGAUUUUAACAAUGAUAGUCGAUUAGAUAUUGCCGUCUCUCUUCAAUUCACUGGUGGAAUGGGUGUUUUUUUAGGACACGGCAAUGGUAAUUUUUUUGAUGUAGUUAUAUACUUAAUUGACAGUAUUGCUUCUCCAGCAUCAGUCGCUACUGGUGACUUUAAUAACGACAAUCAAUUAGAUAUCGUCGUGUCCAAUUAUGAUCUUGGCAGUAUAAGUAUUUUUUAUGGGAAUGGUGAUGGUACUUUUUCCAAUCUGACUAAUUAUAUGACUGGCAGUAAUUCACAGCCAACACGGGCCGUCGUCAGUGAUUUGAAUAAUGAUGCUAUAUUAGAUAUUGCGGUUACCAAUUCCGGCACUGACAAUAUCGGUGUAUUUUUUGGAAAUAUGAACCAUAGUUUCCAUAAUCAAAUCACUUUUUCAACUGGUAUUGGCUCUGCUCCGAAUGCAUUAGUCGUUGAGGACUUUAAUAAUGAUAAUCAACUGGAUAUCGCCUUUGUCAGUUUUGGUACCAAUUAUUUAGGUGUUCUUCUUCAAUGUAUUAAUGGUACUUUUUUUGAUCCAUUGACCUAUUCAACUGGUGAGAAUUCUCAGCCAAUUUUUCUCGCUGUUGGUGAUUUUAACAAGGACAAACGUCUCGAUGUUGUCGUCGCAAAUUCUAAUAUCGAUAAUAUAGGUAUGUUUUAUGGAUAUGUUAACGAAGAUUUUCUAAAAGCACCAGCUUAUUCGACUGGAUCAUCUUCUCAAGUGACUUCCAUAGCUGUUGGAGAUUUUAACAAUGACAUUCGAUUAGAUGUUGUCAUCACUAAUAAUGCAACAAACAAUGUCAAAGUUAUAUUCGGAUCAGGUUAUGGUACUUUUAUCGAUGAUAUAACAUAUUCAACUGGUAAUGCUUCCCAACCGUGUUCUGUUAGUGUUGCUGAUUUAAAUAAUGAUAAUCGAUUAGAUUUUGUCGUUGCAAAUUCUGGUAUUAAUACCAUUAGUAUUUUUCUUAGCAAUGGUACUGGUACAUUAUCAAAUCAAAUAACUUAUUCUAGUGGUGUUAGCUCUCAACCAUCUUCAGUUGUUAUUCUCGAUUUUAAUAACGAUACUCGAUUAGAUAUUGCUGUUGCUAGUUAUGGGACUAGUAAUAUCGGUGUGUAUUUUGGUUAUGGCAAUGGAACGUUUAUGAAUCAACAAAUAUUCUCUAGUGGCUUUAAUUCACAUCCAUUUGCACUUGCUGUUGGUGAUAUAGACAAUAAUAAUUUAACUGAUAUUAUUGCAACUAAUAAUGGAUAUGGUAAUAUUGAUAUUCUUAUGAAAACUUGUUAA